CUGAAUGAAAUGGUUUAAGUAAAUUAAGUAUAGGUGUAUAAUAUUGACUUCUUAUAUUAAAUGUUAUGAAUUUAAUCAAUAGUUCAUUGCACAUGAAAGAAGUUAAAAUCAAUGACUGUAGUUUUUCGGUACCAAAAAAUUGUAUAGGAUUUUUAUGAGUUUAUGUUGUUAUGGAUUUCCUUCUAUUUUAGUUUUGUUAUAUAAAUUAUGGGCAAUCUGGAAUUUUGUGAUAUGUGUAGGAUCUCUCAGAUAUUGGUAUCAACGGAACAAAGUGGAUUUUUUGGUUUCCCAGUCUGCUGUUUGGAAUGAUGAUGCUGUUCAGGGGUCUCUUGAUUGUGCUGCAUAUUGGGUCAAAGACUUGCCUUUUGUUAAGUCCUUGUCUGGAUAUUGGAAAUUUUUCAUCGCUGACAGGCCCAGCAAUGUUCCAACUAAUUUUUAUGAAAGUGAGUUCCACGAUUCAGAGUGGAAAAAUUUGCCUGUUCCUUCGAAUUGGCAGUUACACGGAUUUGAUGUUCCUAUAUAUACGAACGUGGUGUAUCCAUUUCCGCUAGAUCCUCCUUUCGUUCCAAGUGAAAAUCCUACUGGCUGUUACAGAACGUACUUCCAAAUUCCUAAAGAAUGGGAGGGUAGAAGAAUUUUGUUGCAUUUUGAAGCAGUUGAUUCUGCCUUUUGUGCAUGGAUAAAUGGGAAUCCUGUUGGAUAUAG